AUGCAACACCAAGGGCCCAACGGCGUGAACCAGCUGGGGGGGCUCUUUGUGAAUGGCCGCCCCCUCCCCACCUGCAAGAGGAAGAAGAUCAUCGAGCUGGCGGCAUGCGGCGUCCGGACCUCGGACAUCUCCCGCAGCCUCAAGGUGUCCAACGGCUGUGUCAGCAAGAUCCUGGGCCACUACUACCGGACGGGGGCCGUGGAGCCCAAGGCUAUCGGGGGGAGCAAGCCCCGCAUGGCCACCCCCGAGGUGGUGGCCAGGAUCGCCCAGCUGAAGCUGGAGCAGCCCUCCCUCUUCGCCUGGGAGAUCCGUCGGCAGCUGCACGCCGAGGGCAUCUGCGCCGGCAACAAGACCCCCAGCGUCUCCUCCAUCAACCGGGUGCUGAGGAACCUGCCCAGCGACCUGCGGCUGGCGGCUGAGCGGGCCGGUGCCGCUGUCUCCCCGGGGACCCAGCACCCUCCACAGGGCUCUGCAUCCAGCCGGCGGCUCCCGCUGAGCACCCAGCACAGGAACAGGACGGUCUUCUCCAGCCAGCAGUCGGAGGCCCUGGAGAAAGAGUUUCAGAGGGGACAGUACCCGGAUACUGUCACCCGGGAGAGACUGGCCGUGGCCACCCAGCUGCCCGACGCAACCAUCAGGGUCUGGUUCUCAAACCGACGAGCGAAAUGGAGACGUGAGGCCAAGCAGAAGCUGGAGGCUGGCGGUGCAGUCUUGGGGGAUGCUGGUGGCAUCUCUGAGGACUCGCCUGCGCCCAUGACACAGCGGCUGCACCAGCCCCAGCCCUGUUUUGGCCGUCUGUCUGUCCUGGCCACCCAGCUGAGCUGA